AAGAGGAUCAAAGGAAGAAGCUUCUCCAACCUGGAGGAAUCCAGUAAAGGUCCACAUCUAUUUCUCUGUGAUUUGGGGCUCUGCUGGAGAACAUACAGUGUCCUUUUGAUACCAAGAUGUCCAUCCGAAGCCAUGUACUUCUUGCAAUCUGUGUUUUCCUGUUCCUUACACCUGGAGGUAUGUUCUUUUUGCAAGAGUUGGGAAAAGCACUGUCAGCCAAGGGAGGCAGGUUAAGAAAAGGAAAAUGCAACUUAGGUAGUUUCAUACUGAAAUAUGAACCAAACCAAAUUUAUGCUUUGUCCACAGAAUCUGAACUUAGCCAAUGAAAUGGCCCUUCUUCUGUUCUCUCCCUCUGUUGCACCUUAAUGGAAAGACUGUUGCUAGGUGGCACCUGAGGGAGAGGGUGAGCCAAGGGCAGCUGUUGUUGCAGUGAAGCUGAUCAGAGAAUCAGAGAAUCUUAGAGUUGGAAGGGACCCAAGAGUCAUCUAGUCCAACUCCCUGCAAUCAAUGAUGGAGUGGCCCUGCUUCACAUCUCUUUCUUUACUGCAGCCUGUUAGAAUCUGUUCAACAUUUUAUGUAUUUAAGCAACUCUCCCUAAUAUUCAAGCAGGGAAACUGACUCCUUUACCGGGUAGAGAUACUUUGCAAAUGGAAAAUAAACCUCAACAUGUGGGCAAGCCUUCUGUAGCACAAGAAAUAUUUAAUAAAAACUAUUUAUUUAAAAAAAGAUGAGGGCAAACUAUGGGUUCAUCUCAAGGCUCGAGUGGAUGGUGCAAUGUUUUCCCAUCCUGUGCCAACUCCUUUUAAUCCCGUUUGGGGUCAGUUCUUUAAAGAACAAGCCAUGAAAAAUCCACCCAGCUUUACUUUUACAAGCAGAAAGUCCUUCAGAAGUGGUCUGGGGGCUGCCUCUUUCUCCAUUUCUCCAUUUCACAUUUUACAGAUGCUUAGGGAAACUCCGUGGCCAUUUGGCUAUUACUUUUUUAAAAUCUUGUUAAUUAUUCUAUAUGAUUUCUGUUGUAUUUCUGAUGCUCUAUGAUUCUAUUGUCAUUCAUUGUUUCUAAGACACUUUGGGGUUCCUUUGAAUGAAAAGUGGCAUAAAAAUAUAAUCCAUCAAUCAAAGCAACCCUCCGCUAUUCACAACAUUUUUGUUUUCUCUUUUGGAGCAGAUGCUCGCCUAUGUAUAAAAUGCAUCGUUAUGAUACCAGGAGUGCCAUGCAAACACAAAACAUGUGAAGUUGAUGAUGAAGGAAUCUGCAUUGGCAUCAUAACCUAUAAAAGUAAGAAACAGCUGCAAAGGUUGUGCCUUGUUUGGGCUCCAUGGUCCACAUUCCCCUUCUGCUUAUUUUCCAUUUCUUUCAGCUUAGUGAUACAACAAAGUGGAAUACAGUGGUGCCUCGCAAGACGAAAUUAAUUCGUUCCGCGAGUUUUUUCGCCUAGCGAAUUGUUCGUCUUGCGAAGCACGAAAUCCCAUAGGAAUGCAUUGAAAUUCAAUUAAUGCGUUCCUAUGGUCAAAAAAAGUCCAAACAAAGCCAAAUUUGGUACAACAAGAGUUUAUUAAGUGCUCGUUAAAGUCACACAUACUGUAAAGAGCAUUUCAAAAACUGAAGGAACAAUAAAUUAAGUUUCUAAACAUGACAGAAAAACAUUUAAAAAUCAACAAAGUGUACAGUACAUUUUCUAAGACUCUGGGGGACAACUCGAAGAAGGUUCCUCUUCCACUCUUUGCUUCUUGCUGAAGAACCCCCUCCUCAACUGUUCCCCCAGCCACCCACCACACAGAAAUUCAAAUCCAGAAUUUUUUUUAAAAAACAGCAAAGUGCCCAAUGGUCACAGAAAAUCAUAAAAAUGCAGAAAAAACACACACAAGCUUCCAGAUUCUUGCAAACCCCUCCCCAACACCAAGUCCUUGAAUUCCAAACACCCCAACCCAAAAUCCAACCCCCCCAAAAAAAGUUUUAAAAGUUUAAAAGAAGUUUUGGAAAAGCUUCAAAAAUCACCAAAGUCUUCAAAAACCUCAAAAAAGGCUACCGAGUUGCUCCUCGAAGUCAAGUCGCAACUGUAUUAACGGUGUUUAGAAAAAGGAAACAAACUUGCAAGACGUUUUCGUUUUUCGUCUUGCGAAGCAAGCCCAUAGGGAAAUUCGUCUUGCGAAGCAGCUCAAAAAACGGAAAACCCUUUCGUCUAGCGAGUUUUCCGUCUUGCGAGGCAUUCGUCUUGCGGGGCACCACUGUAAUUCAUGGAAAUGCCUUUGUCAGAAGCAUAGCUUCAAGCAUGCAGUCUGAGCUUGUAUGCAGCAAGCUGAGACAUUUCUUUCCAGGUUGUUACAUAGUUGAAGAGAGUGUGAGUGUAGAAAGGAAGAGAAGGUCUUAAUUCCUCCAUCACCCAGUGGCGUAGCAAAGUCAGGUGGUACCCCGUGCAGAAAAUUUCUUGUCACCCCCCCCCCAGCACAUUGAAAUAAUGAAAAGAAGGACAAAUAAGAUACUUACAUCACCAAAGAAGAGGGUGUGCAACCUAAUUCUAUAAAACACAGCUCUCUGGUCUCAAACCCUCCAUGCAUACUUAUGUUUCGCUGCAAUAUCCCACUGUAUGCAUGUGGGUACCAAGGUCAGCUCACAAAAUAAGCAUUGCCCCCCCUCCUUCCCAUAUGUGCCUCCUAAACUUGUUUGUGGGUUUCUCUCUACCUUGUAGAGCAGAUUUAGGGGCUGUAGAAGAAGGUGGAGAGAGACAUGUGUACUUGUAUUCAGAAUAGCUUUGUUUCCCCAGAGUAAUAAACCUUGGACUCAGCUGCAUUAGUAAAGAAAAAGUGUUUUAUAUGUGUUAUAACACUAUGACACUGGAUGGCGCUGUGGAGUCCCAUCUUUCUCCAACGUGAUUUCCCAUUAUGAAGUUUACAACACGUUUUCCUAAAUAUAUAUAUAUGUAUAUAUAUAUAUAUAUAUAUAUAUAUAUGUCUCGAUUCAGCCCUUUUGUUUCUUAAUUUUUCAGCCAUCAGUAUUACCAGGCUUUUUAAUGGAGAGCACCUUGGAUAUUUUAAGUGAAUUCCGCUUAAUCAUUGUGGGGGACUGAGGGUGAGAAUGAUACAUAUCUUCACUCUUUUUUCUUUUCCUCUUUCUUCCUCUUCACACCUUGUCUCAGAUGAGAAGUUUAUAGAUAAAAUACUCGAUUGUGCAAAGAAGGAUAAAGUGCGGUGUGAAAAUUCUUUACAGCGAAACAACAUGCUUCAGGAACUCAGGUGCUGUGAUGAUACUGAUUUCUGCAAUGCAAGCUUUUAAAACAGGCUGAGAGUCACCUCAAGAUUCUGCCUUCCUGCAAAGAAUAAACGUUUAUUCUGUUCGCCCUCAGCUUGUCAACCUUUCUUGUUUUUUCCUUUCUUUCAAAUAUACUAUAUGUCCAAGAUGGGGGGUGGGUAUUAUUUUGGCUGCAGUAUCUGAUAGAACCCCAAACAGAUCAGAGCCCGCCAAACUUGAAGCAUGGGAAGUCCCAACAAAAUAUUUAUAAUUUAGGCUGAAUAUUUGGACUAUUUGAUAUGUAUUUGUUUAAUUUUGAACAUUCUAUGUAAUUUGAUUGGAUUGUUAAAAGGUGAAAUGAUUUAAAAAGGAAAAAAGCAGCCCAAACAGCAUAAAAGGUGAGAUUUUUGGUCACUGUAUUCUGCAAAGCUAAACAUUUAGGAACACUUGAAACAUGAGGAGCUUGUGUUUCAAGAGAAUGGUGGGCAAGUGUUAUGAACAAUGCGUUGAUUUCUUGGUUAAUCAAAAAGAAUUAACUGGCUAUAUAUAUAUCGCUCUUAUUUCCUCUACUUUCAAAACUUUCAUCAACUCUGUAUUUUUUUUAAUCAAAACUUAUGUUUCAAGCCAUCAAUUCAGCUUCUUACUACACAGCGCCUUUGGGCUUUUUCAAGUGGGAUCUAUGAACUUCUGACUCAGACUUUACAGAUCCUUCCCUUCACCCCACUCCAUCCCUUUCAGCCCUAUGAAUUCUGAAAUUGAAUUUUUCUACCUAUAUACUGACACCUGCCAACUUUUAAAAUUAAUUCUGGUGUUGUGGGAAUGGAACCCCCACUUGUGCAGGGGUUCCAUUCCCAGCUGCCCCAUGCAUCAGCGAAACACACGUAAUUCUGUCGCUCCCUUUUCUGCCCCCACCCUGCCCUGCCCUCACCUCACUCCCGUCUGGUGCCAAAAAUGCUGCUCAUGUCAGCAGCCCCACAUGUGCUGAUUGUGUGCAAGAAGAUGGUGCCUGCAUUUAUUUCUGUACUCUGAUGCAAUAUAUACACCAAACUCCCAGUCAAUAGGGAAUACAGACACAGCUCAUUGGAGAGCACCUUGGAUAUUUUAUGUGAAAUCCAGUUAAUCAUUGUCGUGGUGGUGGUCAUGACCCAAACAUUCACGCUUUUCUCUCUUCCUCUUUCCUCCUUUCCACCCCUUGUCUCGGUUACUGGCAAAAUACUUGGUUGCAAGACGGAUAAGUCUUUGAAGUGUGGUUAUAUAACUUAUAAGCCAGAGCUCAUCACCCAUUAUGAACUCCAGUGCUGCAGGGGUAAGGGUUUUUGCAAUGCAAAACUGUAAGACAGGCUGAAAGCAACGUCAAGAUUCUACACUCCUGCAAACAAUAAACGUUUAUGCUGUUUC